GGAAGUGAAACCUGCUGCUGCUGAGUGCUUGAAGCACUUUGUUCAGAAAGUUGGGCUGCGUUUGACGGCUCCGGGGCUUUGAAAGAUGGACAGCCAAGGAAGAAAGGUGGUGGUUUGUGAUAACGGAACAGGGUUUGUCAAGUGUGGCUAUGCCGGAUCCAACUUCCCAGAGCACAUCUUCCCAGCACUGGUGGGCAGGCCCAUCAUCCGCUCCACAGCUAAAGUGGGCAACAUUGAGAUUAAGGAUCUGAUGGUGGGAGACGAAGCGAGUGAGCUGCGCUCAAUGCUGGAGGUCAACUAUCCCAUGGAGAACGGCAUCGUCAGGAACUGGGAUGACAUGAAGCACUUAUGGGAUUACACCUUCGGUCCGGAGAAGCUCAAUAUCAACUCGCGCAACUGCAAGAUCCUCCUCACAGAACCUCCCAUGAACCCGACCAAGAACCGUGAGAAGAUCAUAGAGGUCAUGUUUGAGACAUACCAGUUUGCAGGUGUUUACAUCGCCAUCCAGGCUGUUCUUACACUUUAUGCUCAAGGCCUGUUGACAGGGGUGGUGGUGGAUUCAGGCGAUGGCGUCACCCAUAUUUGUCCUGUGUAUGAGGGCUUCUCUCUGCCCCAUCUUACAAGGAGACUGGACAUUGCAGGACGGGACAUUACACGCUAUCUCAUUAAGUUGCUCUUGCUGCGAGGUUACGCCUUCAACCAUUCGGCAGACUUCGAGACGGUACGCAUGAUGAAGGAGAACCUCUGCUACGUGGGAUACAACAUCGAGCAGGAACAGAAGCUUGCUCUGGAGACCACCGUAUUGGUGGAGUCCUACACGCUCCCUGAUGGCCGGGUUAUUAAGGUAGGAGGGGAGCGGUUCGAGGCCCCAGAAGCUCUGUUCCAGCCCCACCUCAUUAACGUGGAAGGGGUCGGAGUGGCUGAGCUUCUCUUCAACACCAUUCAAGCAGCAGACAUUGACACCAGGGCUGAGUUCUAUAAACACAUUGUUCUGUCAGGAGGAUCCACCAUGUACCCUGGUCUGCCCUCUCGACUAGAGAGGGAACUUAAACAGCUUUAUCUAGAGCGGGUACUGAAGGGUGAUGUUGACAAGCUCUCGAAAUUCAAGAUCCGGAUCGAGGACCCUCCCCGCCGCAAGCACAUGGUGUUUCUGGGUGGGGCGGUGCUGGCUGACAUCAUGAAAGACAAGGACAACUUCUGGCUGACGCGGGAAGAGUAUCAGGAAAAGGGCGUGCGCGUUCUGGAGAAGCUCGGCGUCACCGUCAGAUAAACACGGAAAAAAUAUCCCACGACCCUGGCGUCUCUUUUACAUCAGCCUGUUCUGCCAGUGAAUCGUGUCAUCGGGUGGGGAUUUAUGGGUUUGGAUUAUGAAGGGUGCUGGUGGUUUUCUAUUGUGUUUUGUUUGGUCCUCUGUCACUGCACUGAUAUAUGUGACCCUGGAGCACAAAACCA